AGUUAACGAUGCUCCUGCUGUUCGGCUAACCGUAACGGAUACGGUGUAAGUCAGAUUAAGUCUGAACUACUCUAUGAUUUUAUUGGGUUUUUUUAAAUAAAACGCGUGGACUGGUGAGUUGGAUGUGAGUUUUGUUUUUUGAAUAGCGCAUGCGCGCGGCUUAUCUCUUCUGUGAGCCCCAGGAUCCUGAAACCAAACGCUAGCAUCUCUCUCUGCAUAGCCUGUCAGUGCAGGUCAGCUAAAAAAUAUGAAUUUGGUCAAAAACAGAACUUUGCACCCACAUCUCCGCGAAGAGGAGGCUCUGGUGGUGGAAAACGCCAUCCGACUAGCGAUAGACUCGGUAAUGAACGUUUUGUACGGCGUAAACAGCGCCAAGACUUACGAGUAUGAGCGGAUGGUGGCCGACAGGGACAAAGAGAUCCAGCGGCUGGAGUGCAGGCUGACGGAGAUGGAGCGGGAGCUGCAGGUGCUGCGCCGACAGGGAUGCACCUGCGGGCUGUUAGCGAAUGAGCAUAGCCUCGGCGGGUCACGGAGCUCCGGUGACCGGCAGAAGGAGAAUCAGAGCGGGUUUGACCCUGGCUUCGUUGACGCCGAGCUGACAGCGGGACAGCAGGAGUGUGAAGCGAGUUUAUCCCUGGGUCUUUUUGCGAGACCCCCCUCACACGUUUCGUCCCACAGCCACGAGUCGGCUCUUCCAUCUUCCCCCAGCAGGAUGCUCCUGGACCAGUCCUGCACCUCCCGCUCCUCGGAGGUUUCAGCUGUAACGGAGGCAGCCAGAAAUAUGCCGACACCUCCCAGCAGCCUCGUGGUCAAAGAGGAGCCCUGUGACGUCGACGCAGUCCUAAUCAAGUGGGAGAUGAGUGAGCAUCAGCAGAGGGCGGGCAGUCCGGGCAGAGAGAGCCCCGGUGUGAAAAAGAAACUGGAGAACGGGGAAGGAAGGACGUUCAGGGAGAAACCUCAAGCAGAGCCGGGUGGGUUUAUAAUCACUGAGGGAGAGCACAUGAGGAACAAGAAGAAGAGCGUGCCGAUGUGUGAGCUGCCAGAGGAGGCUCAGAGACUGAAGAGGGCAGCCUGGAGAGCAGCUUCUCGGCGAUAUUACGCUCGAAAGAUCGCCCGCCAGCAGGCAAACCCAUCACAAUCCGGCCCCUUUCCCCACAUCAUAAACUCUCAGUAUUCACAGCCCAGCUCUUUGGUGGAUAAGAGGAGGAGGACGCUAAUAUCAGAGCUACCUGAAGAGUCUCAGACACUGCAGAGGGAGGCGUGGAGAGCCGCGUCCAGGAGGUACUACGCUCGAAAAAUCGCUCGGCACCAGACGGAGACGGCGCCGUACAGAAACCUGCUGGAGAACAUAAAUCCACCUGGAGACUCGCAGGGACCCAACAGAGAAGGAGCUCACACGAACAGUGGGGGCAUCAUGUGCAGCUGAUGGACAUGAUUGCAUUUCGGUGGCUUUGAGUUAAUAAAGAUGUGAAUUCUCUCAGGUCUGAAUAACAUGAACCUGCUGCUUGAAGUGAUUUCCUCUGCCAAAGAACGUGUGUGUUAGGACAGAUACGGUACAGUUACCUUCAUGAGAUCAACACUACAUUCAGCAUUAUUUGGCACACUGCAUGUCUGUACAACACUCACUGCACAGGGAGCCUGAAUAAAUCUAUCAUGAGGCAAUACACUUAAACCCAAGGUGCCAGCUAUGGAGCGCCCCUGGAGUCAAGUACGUGUAACUACAUUGUAAGCGCAUCCAUACCGGUUUCAUGUUUUUUGAUCUUUGAAUUUAAUGUCGGGGAAGAAUCAAAGGUUCCGUUUAUGCUGGUAAAAUGUAUGUUGGGGCUAAUAAAUAAUAAUAAAAACAUGAUUACAAAAACUUCCUUUUCGUGUUGAGAUCCACUCAUCAGUCUCUGACGUCAGCAAACAGGAGGACCACGCAGAGAAAUGCUGGUUCCCAAAUGUCUCAUUC